AAGUCAUAAUUCAAAAACGAGCCCGACCUUCCGCAUCCGCAAGAAAGGGAGGGAGCUGGGGGAAGCAAAGCACAGAGGCGGCCGGCGCAGCAGCAGCAACGACACAACUCUGCCAAUCACACGAGCCGACACAGAGGAGGAGCGAGGCCGUGCGCCGCAGAUCCGUGGUUGCGUUAGGGCUCCGGCAAGUAGGGGAGGGAGGAGAUGGACGUUGUGAAGGCGGCGCAGCUGUCGGGGCGGACGCUGGAGCGGGUGGUGGUGCACCCGCUGGUGCUGCUCAGCAUCGUGGACCACUACAACCGCGUCGCCCGUGAUACCCGCAAGCGCGUCGUCGGCGUGCUCCUCGGCACCUCCUCCCGCGGCUCCGUCGACGUCACCAACUCCUACGCCGUGCCAUUCGAGGAGGAUGACAAGGAUCCGAGGAUCUGGUUCCUGGAUCACAAUUACCAUGAGUCGAUGUUCUCCAUGUUCAAGAGGAUCAAUGCCAAGGAGCAUGUUGUUGGCUGGUACAGCACUGGUCCAAAACUAAGGGAGAACGACCUGGAUAUCCAUGCUUUGUUCAACAGUUAUGUUCCUAAUCCUGUCCUGGUGAUUAUUGAUGUUCAACCCAAGGAGUUGGGAAUACCCACUAAAGCGUAUUAUGCUGUGGAAGAGGUUAAAGAGAAUGCUACUCAGAAAAGUCAGAAAGUGUUUGUCCAUGUUCCAUCAGAAAUUGCUGCUCAUGAAGUUGAGGAAAUCGGAGUUGAGCACCUUCUGAGGGAUGUCAAGGACACAACAAUAAGCACACUUGCAACAGAGGUCACUAGCAAGCUUGCAGCCUUGAAAGGACUGGAUGCAAGGCUCAGGGAGAUCCGAAGCUAUUUGGAUCUUGUAAUUGAAGGGAAACUCCCACUGAAUCAUGAGAUUUUGUACCAUUUGCAGGAUGUGUUUAAUCUCCUUCCAAAUCUCAACGUAAAUGAGCUGAUUAAAGCUUUUGCAGUGAAAACAAAUGAUAUGAUGUUGGUCAUAUACCUGUCUUCUCUGAUCCGGAGUGUCAUUGCACUUCACAACUUGAUCAACAAUAAGAUGCUAAACAAGGAGCACGAGAAGGCUGAGGAUUCAAAACCAACCUCCAUUCCUACUGCUGCUGGGAGCUAAAUGCGAUUUUGAUCUCUGACCCAUUGGUGUCCAAGAAAAAAAGGAACGUGUGACAUGUUAGCACGGUUGCUCUUGAACCGAUUUGUCUUGACCUUGAAUGGACAUUUUGAUCUUUAUUUUUUGUACGAUGAGGUCAACGGCAAGAAAAACCUUUUACACUGUAUGAGCUUUGGAUCAUACCUCAAUUUUUUCUGUAUUAUUUCAUCUGAUGCAUCACGUCUUGC